GCGGAUUUUUCGUACAAAAAAUUUUCGACAUAAAUUUUCCUAUAUACAAUACCAUCCAUAUCAUCAUCAAUUUCAUUUUCCCUACAAGAUCAAAAUGUUGAUAAUUAUUACGACCACUUUUAAUGUUUACGAAAAAUACAAGACUUGUGUGAAAUUUCAUAAUUUUUCUGAUGAAUUUCCAUUUAUAAAAACAUAUACCAAUAAUAAUUUAAUAAUAGUAGUAUAAAUUUAAAAUGUUCAAACUGUGACAAUCAAGAGAACUGAGUCUGCACCAAUUUCAAGCAAAGAAGCUAAAGAUGAAGAAGUUGGCGGCGGCUAUUUCGAUCGCAAUUUUGGCGGUUGCCUCUGCCUCGGCACUGCGGCAUAUGCGGGAGACCAGCUAUUUGAGCAAGGAAGAGCACUGGAUUAAUCAAACUAUUGAUCACUUCUCUCCCUACGACCGCACCCAAUUUGCUCAACGCUAUUAUGAAUAUCUCCAUGAGUUUCAUUCUCCUGAUGCUCCAAUAUUUCUUAUCAUCUGUGGGGAAUCUUCUUGUAAUGGGAUUAGUAAUGACUAUUUGGGGGUUCUAGCAAAAAAGUUUGGAGCAGCUGUGGUUUCUCUUGAGCAUCGUUACUACGGGAAGAGCUACCCUUUCGGAUCAUUCAGCAUGGAUAAUCUGAGAUAUCUUUCGUCGAAACAAGCCCUGUUUGAUUUGGCUGUUUUCAGGCAGUAUUAUCAGGAAUCCUUAAAUGCAAAGCUCAACAAAUCAACACACAAUCCAUGGUUUGUCUUUGGCAUCUCAUACGCGGGAGCCCUAAGUGCGUGGUUCCGCCUCAAGUUCCCGCAUCUUACCUGCGGAAGUCUUGCUAGCUCAGCCCUUGUUCUUGCUGUUUACAACUUCACCAAGUUUGAUCAGCAGGUUGGUGAAUCCGCUGGUCCAGAAUGUAAAGCUGUGUUGCAAGAAAUUACCAAUCUUGUUGAGCAGAGACUUGAAUCUAACCAGAAAGAGCUAAAGAAAUUAUUUAACGCAUCCAAGCUAUCAAACGAUGGCGACUUCUUGUAUUUUCUGGCAGAUGCAGCAGUCACAGCGAUUCAAUAUGGUGAUCCAGAUGAACUGUGCAAUCCUCUUACUGAAGCAAAGAAAGCUGGCGAAGAUUUAGUGGAAGCAUAUGCCAAAUAUGUGAAGGAGUAUUACAUAGACUAUAUUGGUGUCGAUGUUGAGGCUUACGGGCAACAGCAGUUGAAGAGAGCCAAAAUAAGCGAUAGCAGUUCUGCUCGCUUGUGGUGGUUCCAAGUGUGUACAGAAGUUGCAUAUUUUCGAGUCGCACCAGCAAAUGAUAGUAUCCGUUCGUCAAAAGUCGACACUAGAUACUAUUUGGAUCUCUGCAAAAAGGUCUUUGGGAAUAAUAUGCCUGGCCCUGAUGUUAACGCGACAAACCUAUAUUAUGGAGGCAAAGAUAUUGCUGGUUCAAAAAUAAUCUUCACGAAUGGUUCACAAGACCCUUGGCGGCAUGCAUCUAAACAGACAUCUUCACGUGGCAUGCCUGCAUACAUUAUCAAGUGUCACAACUGUGGGCAUGGAGCGGACAUGCGUGGCUGUCCUCAGUCUCGUUUGGUUCCCAAGGGUAUGUUGUGUGGGUUAGGCUCUCGUAUUUGGUCGUGCUCAUCAACUGCCAUUUCGCUAGUUUCCUUUUCACAUUCGAAAGUUCUUCCUGUCGUGUUCCGUGUUUCAGGUGAUGCAAAGAACUGCGCAUCCCCAGACGCGGUCAAUAAAGUAAGACGGGAUAUCAUCACCCAUAUUUAUCAGUGGCUAUCGGAAUGUCAGUUUUCGGGUGUAAGCGCCAUGUAAAAUAUAGGGUAUAAAUUGAGAACUUCAGGCCAUGUUAAUUCUGUAUGUAUUCAACUUCAGUAGUUAUGUAUAGUUAUGUUUUAUUGUAAGAGACAUUGAAACAAAGAAGUGAUAAAUAAAGAGCAUAUUCUCGCCUGUUUCAUUA